AUGGGAGAAUGGGGAACGUGGAGGUAAAGGAGGGAACCUAAUGUAAGAAUACUGAAUUUGCCAAUUAAGGCACCAGCUGUGACUACUUCAUGCAGGAAUGGGGACAUGCCUGAUGCCAUAGGGUCUAAUUGACUUGAGAAUGUGAAAGGAAAAUAAAAACUCAGAACCCCAAUUCAUCAUGCCAAAAGGAAAAAAAAAUUAAGCUGAAAUGGAUGCUAAUGACUAGCCAAUGCUCUAGGAAGACAUUGAGACCAGCCAACUUCUUGCCUUGAUACUACUGAAGAGACAUUGGGUGGCUGGAUUUUGAAAGCAGACUUCUGGUUAUAGGUGAUGCAACUUGCAAAACAAUCCUGAAACAUGAAACAAGAAUAAUAAUAUUUAAAUGUAACUUAAUCAUUAUACCUCUUUAUCCAGCAAAGUGAAUUCAUUCCAUUCCCUUUCAUCUGUGCUCAUACUUUGCAUCAGAUAUUGGGUAAACCAAAGUGUGUAGGAAGAAAUAAAUGUUUUCAUAGUCAUUACUCUUUACAAUGGGAGUGCUAAAAUUCAAGCACAUCUUUUUCAGAAGCUUUGUUAAAUCAAGUGGAGUAUCCCAGAUAGUUUUCACCUUCCUUCUGAUUCCAUGUUGCUUGACUCUGAAUUUCAGAGCACCUCCUGUUAUUCCAAAUGUGCCUUUCCUCUGGGCCUGGAAUGCCCCAAGUAAAUUUUGUCUUGGAAAAUUUGAUGAGCCACUAGAUAUGAGCCUCUUCUCUUUAAUAGGAAGCCCCCGAAUAAACAUCACCGGGCAAGGUGUUACAAUAUUUUAUGUUGAUAGACUUGGCUACUAUCCUUAUAUAGAUUCAAUCACAGGAGUAACUGUGAAUGGAGGAAUACCCCAGAAGAUUUCCUUACAAGACCAUCUGGACAAAGCUAAGAAAGACAUUACAUUUUAUAUGCCAGUAGACAAUUUGGGAAUGGCUGUUAUUGACUGGGAAGAAUGGAGACCCACUUGGGCAAGAAACUGGAAACCUAAAGAUGUUUACAAGAAUAGGUCUAUUGAAUUGGUUCAGCAACAAAAUGUACAACUUAGUCUCACAGAGGCCACUGAGAAAGCAAAACAAGAAUUUGAAAAGGCAGGGAAGGAUUUCAUGGUAGAGACUAUAAAAUUGGGAAAAUUACUUCGGCCAAAUCACUUGUGGGGUUAUUAUCUUUUUCCGGAUUGUUACAACCAUCACUAUAAGAAACCCGGUUACAAUGGAAGUUGCUUCAAUGUAGAAAUAAAAAGAAAUGAUGAUCUCAGCUGGUUGUGGAAUGAAAGCACUGCCCUUUACCCAUCCAUUUAUUUGAACACUCAGCAGUCUCCUGUAGCUGCUACACUCUAUGUGCGCAAUCGAGUUCAGGAAGCCAUCAGAGUUUCCAAAAUACCCGAUGCAAAAAGUCCACUUCCGGUUUUUGUAUAUACCCGCAUAGUUUUUACUGAUCAAGUUUUGAAAUUCCUUUCUCAAGAUGAACUUGUGUAUACAUUUGGCGAAACUGUUGCUCUGGGUGCUUCUGGAAUUGUAAUAUGGGGAACCCUCAGUAUAAUGCGAAGUAUGAAAUCUUGCUUGCUCCUAGACAAUUACAUGGAGACUAUACUGAAUCCUUACAUAAUCAACGUCACACUAGCAGCCAAAAUGUGUAGCCAAGUGCUUUGCCAGGAGCAAGGAGUGUGUAUAAGGAAAGACUGGAAUUCAAGUGACUAUCUUCACCUCAACCCAGAUAAUUUUGCUAUUCAACUUGAGAAAGGUGGAAAGUUCACAGUACGUGGAAAACCGACACUUGAAGACCUGGAGCAAUUUUCUGAAAAAUUUUAUUGCAGCUGUUAUAGCACCUUGAGUUGUAAGGAGAAAGCUGAUAUAAAAGACACUGAUGCUGUUGAUGUGUGUAUUGCUGAUGGUGUCUGUAUAGAUGCCUUUCUAAAACCUCCCAUGGACACAGAAGAAUCUCAAAUCUUCUACAAUGCUUCACCCUCCACACUAUCUGCCACAAUGUUAAUUGUUAGUAUUUUGUUUCUUAUCAUUUCUUCUGUAGCGCGUUUGUAAUUGCGCACGUUAGCUGAAAUGAACAAUAUGUCCAUCUUAAAAUGUGCUUUUUCGACUAAUUAAAUCUUUGAAAAGAACA